CGAACACCGGCAGCUUCCGGUCAAAUUUGUUUUGAAUUUUUUUUUAAAAAGCUGGAGCGAGACAUUGUCAGACAUGUCCACACUGUUCCCCUCUUUGCUCCCCCGGAUAACGGAGUCGCUGUGGUUUAACCUGGACCGGCCAUGUGUGGACGAGACCGAGCUGCACCAGCAGGAGCAGCAGCACCAGACCUGGUUGCAGAGCAUUGCUGAGAAAGACAACAACCUGAUGCCCAUUGGGAAACCUAUUUUUGAGGCGGGCUAUGAAGAGGAGGAAGAAGAGGAUGACGAGGAUGAAGAGGACAGUGAGGAAGACUCUGAAGAUGAGGAAGACAUGCAGGACAUGGAUGAGAUGAACGACUACAACGAGUCACCUGAUGACGGCGAGAUCAAUGAGGUGGAUAUGGAAGGACCAGACCAAGACCAAGAUCAAUGGAUGAUUUAAGACAAUUUUAGUCUCCAUCAAACCUUUUGGCCCUGGAUAUCUGCUCCUUACCUAAAGUAUGACUGCUGCCCCUUCAAUCUGUGGACAAAAAUAUAGUUGAAACACCACAGAAUACUUUAGAGGAAGGUCAGUGCAUUUGUCUAAUUCAAGCUGCAAUCAGUCAGUCGUCGGCCUAGUGACCACUGGACAUUGUUGGACGUUGCUGUGGGUGUUGCUGCCUGUCACACGUUUAUAUGCUGGUGUGAAAAAGUAGCUGCACAGGUGUAUGCUUCAGCGCCUGUGUACACAUCAUGUUUUGUGUUGUUUUGAGUGGCAGCCUACGACUCUGGUAAGUACAUUUAACCAUUCAACCAGUUGAAAAACAGUUGGAGACAAACUCAGUGCUGUUGUUUUGCAUCAAUGCAAUGGCAGCUGGGGCCCAGUGAUCUCUCAUUUAAACUUUAACCCUGUCAUAUCAUCAGUCAUGUGCUGCUGAUUUUCACAGCAGCUGACUGAGCACAAACAAGUUCAGUCAGCAAAAUAAUUUGUUACCUAUGAAAAGGACCCAUAGAUACUUCACCAUAUAUUCUGUUUCAUUGGACUGCUGUGUGAGUUGCUGAUGUUUUAUUACAGAUGUCAUACCUUUGGUGAAACAGUCAUAAAAGACGUCAUAAAAUCAUGUUACGCUAGGUGAAACAAAUUUAAAUAUUUUUGACCUAUGUCCAAAGCAUACGCUGCCCAUUCUCAUGAAGAAAUGUUCAUAGAAUUAUCAGCACACACGGUCCCUAUUUAAAUUCUGUCAUGUUUGUGUUACAGAAUUGUUUACCAAGACUUUGAUUAUUUGUACUGAAAUUAUUGAAGAUUUUGACUGUUUGUAUUAAAUUAUUUUCAUCAGGCCAUGUUUUUGCUUUUCUACAUUUUGGUUUCUGAUGAAUAAAUAACAAAAUGUCACAUGGCAGUGAGCAGUGUAAGCUGGAUUUAUGUUGACUCAUUGUUUGUUAUGAAGUAAAUAUAAAGACUAAUACUGAUAAAUUCACUUGAAUUUGGUAAUUGGUUGAUAUUUUGGUGUCCACAAUGCUCGGCUUUACUAAAUGACAGUUUUCAGUAUUAACGUUUUACGUCAGUUCUCCAAGUUUUUGUUAAAUUUAUUAUGAAUUUGUUCUAUAAAUAUAAAAUACAUUUUUCUGCAACAAACCAGCAAUUUUUUUUUUAAAGAUACAUUUAUGUUUAUUACUUUUUUGACAGAAGAUUGUGACAAGUAACAAAGAUUCUCAGCAAAAUUAAAAGGUGAACAUUGUGCACGUUGGAUUAU